AUGAGUAUUAAAAUAUUUCUUAUUAUCUUACUUUAUUCAAUAAAAUUAACUAAUACAAUAAAAAUACAAUUUUCGAAUCCAUUACAACGUUUUAUUUAUGAUGAUCAUACCGAUACCAUUGUUUUAGCUUCCAUUAAUCAUAUAUACUCAUUAAAUGCGAGUGAUUUAUCAAUUUUAUCAGAUAUAAACAUUUCAUCAUCGUUCGAAAAUGAAAAUCAUUGUUCAAUACCAAAUAAUAAGACAUUAUCAUCAUUAACAACAAAUAUUUAUUCUUUUCCAUCAUCAUCCUAUUUAUUUCCAUCAUUGAAUAGUACAUUUAACCAAUUACUUCUGUUAAUUAAUGAUUCUAUAUUAAUAUGUUCAACAUCAAAUCGUGGUGGUUCAUGUCAAUUACGUUCAUUAGUAAAUCUUAAUUUAUUAAAAAAUUCUUCACAACGUAUUGUUUCAUCAUCACCAUUCUAUCCAUCGAUUGGUUUCAUUAGUGAAAAUAAUCAUAUAUUAUAUUUAUCUAAUACAUACGAUGUUUUAUGUGAUCCAUUUUAUGAAGUUCCAACAAUAAGUGGACGUUCAAUUGAUAGAGAAUUUUUAUCAAUCAUCAAUUUAAAUUCUGGUCAAUCAGCACUACAACAAUCAACAUAUACAUUACGUUUAUUAAAUAUACGUUUAAUAAAAGAAUUCUUUCUCUAUUAUUUGUACGGAUUUGAACAUAAUAAUAUAUCAUAUUUUUUAACAAUUCAACAAUCUGAUAUUUAUCAUACACGAAAACAUAAAUUACAAACAAAAAUUUUACGCUUCUGUCAAACAUUGAAGCAGUCAAUCAUCAAAAGUUAUGUUGAAAUUCCAAUAACAUGUGGAAAAAAUUAUCAGUAUCUAGUUACAGCAAAAUUUUCUAAAGACAAUAACAUCUUGUAUGGCAUAUUUCGUAAUACAACAUUAGCUAAUUCAUCUGAUACAUCACAUGCUGUAUGUUCAUAUUCAAUCGAUUCAAUACGAGAAGCUUUUUUUCAAACAAUAAAACGUUGUCUUGUUGAUGGGAAAGGUUAUCGUGGUUUAGGUUAUAUUAGCCCUGAUACACAUUGUGUAUCGAAUAAGAAUUUAAAUGAAAUCAAUCAUGACUAUUGUCCAGAUAGUGAUGAUAGAUUUUUUCAAUAUCCUAUUGGUGGCCAUCGACCAUUAGAACAAAUUGAACCGAUUAUUGAAUUGAAUGAAAAUGUCAAUUUUACAGCUAUUGAAAUUGUUUCAAUCGAUAAAGAUGUCAUGAUUUUAUUAGGAGAUGAUCAGGGAACUAUAUAUACCUUUCAAACAUCAAAUGUAAAUGAAAUUGGCAAACAAAGUUUUCCAUCAUCAAUGAUAAUUGAUUUGAAGUUAGUUAACAAAAAUUCAUUGUUAAAAAAUGCUAAUCUUCUCGUGCUGACUAAUAAUCAGGUAAUUAAACAAAAUUUAAGUACAUGUGAACAGUAUAAAACAUGUGAUGAAUGUUCCAAUAUUAAACUUUGUCAUUGGUGCUCUAAAGAAAAUAGAUGUACACCGACAUUCGAAUGUAUCCAUGAAAACUAUAGAUAUAAAAAGAAAAAUGAAAUAAAUAUGUGUACAAAUAUUGAACUUUUUUUUUUUUGGAUGCUUGUUAACGUUCCAUUAAAAAAUGAUAUUGAUGAAUAUAAUUGUCAAUUUCGUUUAACAGAUGAAAAUGAAUUUCUCUAUUAUACAAAUGCUGUUCUUCUUAAUGAUAAAACAUUAAAAUGUUUACCACCUACAUUGAAUAAUAGAAGUCAAGCUGUUUAUAAUGUUGCAUUAUCAGUAUAUCAUUUGAAGACAAAUUUAACAUUUGGAUAUUAUCAUUUAUUAUUUAUUAAUUGUUCGAAUUUUCUAUCAUGUUCAUCGUGUAAUACAUAUUCAAAUCAAUGCAUAUGGAAUCUUCAAACAGUAAAUUGUAUAUCCUAUGAGAAUAUCAGAUUACCACCAAUCAAUCAUAAACGUCUUGUAAAAAAAUCGAAUCAGUGUCCACUUAUUUAUUUACAACAAUCAAUAAAUCGUCUUGCUUAUAAUAAUAAUAAAACAAUAAGUAUACACGUUGAUCAAUGUAAUGGAACUAUGAGUAUUAAUUCAUGUCAAUUGAAUGAUCAUCAUAAGCGUUUUUCAUUCAUAUCAUCAGAGUCAAAAUUUACAAAAUCAACAUAUGAAAAUCAUUUAUGUUUAUUAGAAUGUUCAUUUGAUUUAUCGAAUCUUGAAAAUUCUCACCAGAUUUCAUUUUAUCGACCAAUACAUCUUGAUUUAUCAAUCGAAUUUACUAAUAAAACUUCAUAUACUAUUUCACGUACACAUAUUGCUUUAUAUGAUUGUGAGCGUAUGGCAUUAAAUUGUACAUCAUGUAUACAACUGGAUCCAACAUUUGGCUGUGUGUGGUGUAAUAACAUGUGUAUGUUUAAGAAUCAAACAAUAAAAAAUAAAUUAAUAUGUCCCAACAGUCAAGAAUGUUUAUCGCCUAAUAUACAUACUAUUGAACCAUUAUUAUUGCCGUUGAAUGGUGGUACAUUAGUUACAAUUAAUGGAAAAAAUUUUGAUUUAUUUAAUUUAUCGAUACGUUUGGCUGAUGUACCUUGUCAUUUAGUUCAAGAAGAGAGUUCAAAUAAUAGAAUUGUCUGCCAAUCUGGUGAUGCGGGAACAACAGCGCGCACUGGUUUUGUUCAUUUAAAAUUUGGUGUAAAUGGACCACAACUUCAUUCUCGUCAAACCAUCUCAUAUAUGAAUCCUACAAUAAAUCUCAUUGAACCACUUAUUGGUAUUGAAAGUGGUGGUACACUUUUAACCAUUCAUGGCGAAAAUUUAACAUUAGGCAAUAGUCAUAUAUCAGUAUCAAUUGGCAAUCAGUCGUGUCAAUUAUUAUCAAUAUCUCGUACAAAAAUUCAAUGUGAAACAACUUCAUUUUCUUCUUUAAUGUUAAAUAAACAGCAAACCAUAAAAUUUCUUUUUGAUCGACAAACAAAAAUUGAUUCAGAAAAAUUCUUUGCAGUCGUACCAAAUCCAAUACUAUAUACAUUUGAUAAAUAUCAUCAUUUUCAAAGUUUUAUGAGUGGUGGUCAUCAAUUAGUAAUUCAUGGUGAAAAUUUUCAUACAAUACAAAAUAUACGUUUAGAAUUUAAACGUAUUAUAUUCGUGUCACCAUUAUUUAAUAAUCAAACACAUUUAAUAUUUUUAACACCAUCAAUACAAGAAUUAAAUUUGAAUAAAGAAAAUGAUUAUCAACAUGAAAUAGAAGUUAUUAUUCAUUUAGAUCAUUUUAAUAAAACAUCAUCAUUAAUUUACAUUAAUGAUCCUGUUAUUUUUGAGCUUGAACCAAUUUUACAAACAUAUACUAAUGAAUUAACUAUUCAAGGUAUCAAUUUAACAGCUAUCGGACAUACAAAAAAUGAUAUUAAUAUUUAUAUUGGAUGUGAUUUAUGUACUAUUUUAUAUUUACAAUCUGAUAAAAUCAUUUGUCAACCACCAUUAUAUCGUCCCAACAAAUAUUCAAAAACGAAUCGAGUUUGUUAUGAUUCAGAACAUCCGUGGAUUAUUGUUACCAUUGAUAAUAUACAUUCACAUGUUGGAUAUAUGAUGUAUCCAAAAAAGAUUAUUAUUCUUGGUAUUAUAAGUGGAUGUUUAUUAACAAUACUCUUAGUUAUUCUCAUCAUACUUAUUAUUGUCUGUAUAAAAAUUCGUUAUUCUCAAAGAAAAUCGCGUCGACGUUAUUUAUACGGUGCUGGUAUCAAUCCUGAUGACCAUGAAAAAGAACCGUACGGAGAUAAUCUCAUUAAUCGAACUUAUCAAAAACUUCAACCUAUUGAAACUAAUAUAAUCGAUUCUUCAUCAUUGAUAGCUAUUCCGAUACGUUCUUAUAUAAAAUAUUUACAAUUAUGUUAUUAUUACUAUUCUUAUGAUCCAUUAUUAUUCAUACCAUCGUAUGAUACACCGAAAGCUAAUUUAAACCCAGAAAUCAUUGACCAAUUUCAAUUAUUAUUUGAAAAUAAUGAUCAAUUUAUUGAAAAUUUUUGUACAAUAUUAUUCAAGUCGAAUAAUAAAAGAAUUCUGAAUAAUUUUCUAUUAACACAAAGAUGCCAUUUUAAAAAAUUAUUACAAUAUAAUAAUGAUGCUAUCUAUUUCAAUAUAUGUAUUCUAUUAUCUUAUGAUGGCUUUUUAACAAAUCAAAUAAAUUCAUUAUUUUUUCAACUUUAUGAGCAAUUAAAAUAUAAAAUUCAUUCUGGUCCCAUUGAUACCAUUGAACAGACAUGUUCAUAUUAUUCAUUAAAUAAUACAACAAUAUUAAAUGAUCAAUCAACUAUAUUUAAUUCUAUUCAAUUAAUUGUUCAUAUUGAUUUUAGUAAUUCUGAUGAUUUAUUAUUAAUAAAUGUAAAAUGUUUAACAUGCGAUACAAUAACACAAGUUAAACAAAAAAUUCUUAUUCAAUUAAAUUUAUUUAAAAAAAUGAAUUUUAUAACAAUAAAUGAAUGUCAAUUAUUUCUAUUGACACGUGUUAAAUCAAGUAAUAAUUCUUUUUCAGCAUCAUCCUGUUCAUCAUCAACAACAUCAUCAUCAAAUGUACCAUUAGCAAAAAAAUCUUUGUUGACACAAUUCUUUUUCAAUCGCACUAAUAAAUAUUCAACAACAACAACAUCAACAUUAAAUGAUACGUAUAGAGAUUCGAUUAGUUUAUUAUUGAACGAUAUUGAUAAUACUAGCGAACAAAUAAAUCAUUGCAAAAAAUUAAAUACGUUACAACAUUAUGGUGUUCUUAAUGAUGGUUAUGAAUUUAAAAUUAUUUUACCUAAUAGAAAUAAAAUAAUUAAUUAUGUUAAUCAAACGAAUAGUAGUCCAAAUUUAAGAAGAACACUUCGUCGUAAUAAUUUUGAUUGUCAAUAUUGUUCAACAGAGCUUAAAAAUACUUUCAAUUAUAUAACAUCUGUACCAUUAACUUUAAAUUCUAUUGGAUUACCACCAACAGGUGAAAACGAUAGAACACGUUGUUUUCAUUUAUUAAAUCAUACCUAUGAAGAAAUAGGUGAAUGUGGUAAUUUAUUCAUGGAUAAUAAUCAAAGUAAAACUUAUCGUUUAUUUGAAACGAAAUCUACGAUACAUUCAAUGUUAAUAAAUCUUAUUGAAACCUUAUUUACAAAUUUUCUUCAUAGUGAUGCAUAUUUAAGUGAAUUGAUUGAACAAUAUUCACGUUUUUUACACAUAUUCUAUGGACAUUUUGUACCAUUUAUAUUAAAGAAUAUGAAUUGUUUAUUCGAUAUAACAAUUGAUAAAUGUUUAAAUAGCUCAUUGGAUAUUCUAGCGACUAUUUUUCAAAUAGCUUGCUCUUGUCAAUCAAAUGAAGAAAACUGUUCAUUAUGUUCCGAGUCAAAUAAUAAUAAUACAAAUUUAAAUUUAAAUAUUCAAAAUUGUACAUUAUUAUUUGCUGAUGAAAUUCAACGUGUUCGUUUACAUUAUUCAAAUUUAGAGAGACGUUUAAAUAACAAAAAUUUAACAUCUGAAUAUUCAUCGACUAAUACAGGUAUUAACAAAAAAUUUGAAUUGGAUCCUUCAAUAAUUCAUGAUCUUAUUGAAUAUUUAUGUUCACAUGCUGAAGAGAUUAAUGAUCUAUUGAAAAGUCGAUCAACCGAUAAUAAGACUUCAAUCGUAUUUCUCAACCUUGUCCAAAUGUAUCGAUCGACUGGAAGAACUUGA